CCCCCAAGGAUGGCUCGCUCGGGCAUCUGGAAGAGCCUCCAGUCCGUGCUGCGGAAGAAGGACGAUCCCUUGUUCCUGAACGACUGCAGUGCCUUCGAUUUUUCCGACGAGGUGGGCGAGGAGGACUUCCCCAGGUUCAACAAGCUGCGCGUGGUGGUCGCGGAGGAUGCGGCCGAGACGCCCGCCAACGGGGCGCACGUGGGGCCCCAUUCCGACGACGAGUCCUUGCUGGACCGAGACGCGGCGCCGCGGAGCGCCCAGGCCAGAACAGGGACGGAUCCGUGCCGCGGCUGCAGCCAGCAACGGGAGCGGUUGAAGCAAAGGAGGGUGAAGCGGAGGCUGGUCCUGGCGGCGGUUCUCUACCUCCUCUUCAUGACCGGGGAGCUUGUAGGUGGAUACGUCGCCAAUAGUCUAGCCAUCAUGACGGAUGCACUGCAUAUGUUAACAGACCUCAGCGGCAUUAUUUUGACCCUGCUCGCUUUGUGGCUGUCUGCAAAGUCACCCACCAAAAAGUUCACUUUUGGAUUCCAUCGCCUGGAGGUUUUAUCUGCCAUGUUCAGCGUGCUGCUGAUUUAUAUCCUUAUGGUCUUCCUCUUGUACGAAGCCGUUCAAAGAACGAUCCAUAUGGACUACGAGAUAAACGGGGACAUCAUGCUAAUUACAGCGGCUGUCGGUGUGGCAGUGAACCUCAUAAUGGGCUUUCUGUUGAAUCAGUCAGGCCACCUUCACUCCCAUUCCCACGCUCCUUCAUCUGUUCCUCCGCCAAAUCCUUCAUCUCCAGCUUCUGGCCACGGCCACGGCCACGUCAGCCUGGCUGUGCGAGCGGCGUUUGUACACGCCCUGGGAGACUUAGUUCAAAGUAUUGGUGUCCUUGUGGCUGCCUACAUCAUCCGGUUCAAGCCAGAAUAUAAGAUUGCUGACCCUAUAUGCACCUAUGUAUUCUCAGUUCUUGUGGCUUUCACAACAUUUCGGAUCAUACGGGACACCGGUAUAAUUGUACUUGAAGGGGCUCCAAGGCAUUUGAAUGUGGAUCACAUUAAGGAAGAGUUAUUGAAAAUUGAAGAUGUGUUUUCUGUGGAAAACCUGAAUGUCUGGUCAUUAACUUCGGGGAAAACGAUGGUCAUCGUCCACUUGCAACUAGCUCCCGGGAGUUCUACCAAGUGGGAAGAUGUACAGUCCAAGACCCGGCGGUUGCUGCUGAACACGUUUGGAGUUUAUCAGUGUUCCGUCCAACUUCAGAGUUACUGGCGAGAAGACGACAAACCUUGUGCAAACUGUCAGGGUUCCAGUGCCUAAUUUUCCACAAUUUUUUUGUGUGGGGGGAGGGGACUUUGCUGCCUUAUUCUCUCCUUUUUUAAAAAAAAAGAAAAAGGAACUUGCAGCCAAAAGACCACUAAGCAAUACAUGCCUGAUUUACAAAUGGAACAGAAUCCCUUUUAGAUCUGGAUGUGGAUCGGCGCUCAGCACGGCAAGAAGGACUUGGGACAGGCAAACCGAUGAACCCGGGAUUCCUCCCUUCCGCAGCGACGACUUCUCGCUUUCCCUCUCUCGCUCGUGGUUUCGUUGAGGGUUUCCUCGCCCGUUUCUUUCCUCUUAAGUGGUUUACACAUUCGUCGGGCAGGUACUUCGUAGCAGAAAUGUCCGCCGUUUUGGGUGACUUGUGUUGCGGUACUUCUCCCGCGCUUCGCCAAGGGUCGUCAAGAAGAAGCAACGAGCUGCGUCGGAAGAGAUUUGACUAGAUUGAUCAUGUCCGUGAUCUACGAAGUUAAUGAUUUCUGAGCUGAGCUGGUUGCACAGUAUUUUUGCACACCCACGCAGAGCCCUGCAGCCAGCUUUUUAAUACCUUGUCUAAAACAAUGGUGCUGGGGUGGCAGGGACCCUUUUUAAAAGCUGUCCCUUCGUACAAACUCAAACACAUACUGGGAAAUAUGAAUUUAGUUUUUACUUACAUUCCAAGCGAUAACCGUUUUUCUCCCAGAACCAAUGACCAGUUGUUUAACCUAAGAUGAUGGGGCUGGGCCCGUUAUGUUUCCACGGACUGAUACUUAUUUUUUUGUGUCUUUUGGCCUAGGCUUGUGUUGUAGAAAAAGCCUAUUUAAUUUCUCCAAAUGUGUACGGUUGACUUUUGAGAGGAUACUUUUCUUACCGACUGCCUUGAAUAUUUAAAGCAAUGUUUUAACCUGCUUCAAGAGAGACCCUUGGGGGGUAGCACGAUUCUUACGCCCAGUAAUAUAAAAAUGCCAUGGGAUCCCCCUCUUGAAUGAUUUUGGCCUCAAGGAAAGAGAGGGUAAUUUCGUAAAAAAUAGUAAACGCAAAUAUCAAAUCAGUAAACUCUGAACUUUAGAUGUCUUGGAAGUAAGCGAACCCAGACUUCAGAUGUGCUGCGGUCCCAAACCGUAGAACGGUGAGAGAAUCUGGUCUCGGUGCCUCCUUUGCGUAUCCGAUAAAUGUAUGGUUUCUGCAUGAAGAUGUGCGCCAGUGUGCCAGUGAAAUGUGAGUUAUUUGGUGAACUGCGUUGCCUUUCAUUCAAAACAGGGAAGGCUCUUUUUAUUUUCCCUUUUCUUAGCAAAUCUAAAACGAACCUUCCUUUCUGACCUGUGCUGACUUGUAGGCCUUAAUUGACUGCAUGGAGGCCCCCAAUUAUCAUUAUGGCUCUUCUUGACAUUCUGAACACGAAGAAGGGAAAAAACCUGGGGGAAAAGCCCACCGGAAGACAGAAAUGCUGCUUUCAGACCAGUCCAGAACCAGACUGGGGAUAGGUUAAGGAUGCCAAAAACACAAUUCGUACACCACAUGUACCAGGACAUGGCGGCAGUGUCUGGACCCCUGUCCCACUCUGAUUGUUCUAAAGAGGAUUCCCGUUUACAUGAAUAACAUUCUGGGAAAGUAGCAUCCUUUUCUUUUUAAGCUAAGCCCCCAACUUUGGUCUCUGGCUAUGAAACGGUAGGCAAUCCACUUUUUAAACAUAGCUGGUAAGCUUGUAUUUUCUUCUGGAAUGUUUGGGUUAGGGCUUUAAAAAAAGCCCCAAGGGGUAGUUCAGCUUGAUUACAAAAGACAACAGAAAGGGGUCUUGUUGUUACCAGUCGCCAGCAUAUUUAGAUGGAUUUAGAUUAUUAAUACGUACAUAGUUGGAAUAAAUCAUUCACCGUGUCCUUCACGGAGUCAUUUUCACAAUGGUUUUUUAAGGUUCAGUAUUUGUCUUCUGAUGAAGAGUGAUUAAAAACAAACAACUCAUCUUUAUUUUCCAUGAAAGCGAUUCAGGCAUUAUUAGUUUAGAAAAUAAUAUUAACAAAUCAUUCUAAUAUUUCCUGCUAAAAUAUUGUGAUUUUUUCAUUUUAUGCAGUGAAGAUGAAAGUUUCACAAAACAGGUUGGGAGUUCGUACCUUGAUUAAACUCUUCCGGGAGAGGGGUGUCUCCAGGUUGGAUUUCUGAUCUCUCUUGUGUCAUGGGGAACCAGCUGUCCACCACUGACUCCACUCCAAGACAAAAAUUUCAGUAUUAGUUAGAGCAAAGUGCACUAUAUAAAGUUGUUUUGCUUCCAAAAAACAGAAUGGAACUCCUGCCAUACAGUAUACGCUUGCGUUUCCUGCCCAGAGACAAGGAGGUAGUCCCUUUGGAAAUGGUGGUGUUUUGUCGCACUACAAUAUAAACACAAAGCCAUAUCACAAGUUUGUGACAAAUUUGCAUCCCUCUUCUGUUUGACCUCUCUGGAAGUAAGGUAUUUUUUUUGCACACAAUGGAUAUUCAUAAUGGGUAUUUCAUUAAGUAGGAGUUUACAGUAUACAUCCUUAGACGUUUGGGUUUUUGGUAGAUCUGUACUCGGAGUUUUUAAAAAUUGUAACGAUAUCCUAUAUAUUUGUUUAAUGAAACCAAGGUCUUGCUUUCUUUGUGGAUUUAUUAAAUCGUUUAUUAAACUGACCACCUAUA